GGCAAUUAUAUACACUUGCAGAAACUGAAAGUGAGAUACAGUCCCGAUUGUGAAGACAGUCGUGCAAAUAUAGGCCAGAGAGAAGCAAAGAUCGUCUUCUAUUUAAACAAAAUGGCCAGAUCUUAAUCAAUCAAAACAGGAGAAAAUAGAUUUGUACAUUUUUCUUACCCAAUAUUCAGUUUUUACCAAUACCAGGUUCACAGGAAAAGAGAACAAACUUGUAUAUCACUGUUGACUAAUAUUCCUUUUAUGCCAUCUGAUACAUUUUUCAAUACAUCACUUUUUAAAAUAUUUAUCAUAAAAUCUGACAUGUUAUGUGAUAUAAAUGUGUUAAAUACAUCACUGUAUCACUGUAUGUAUAUUUAUCAACAAAGCUAUCAUGCAAAUUUUAAGCUGAUUAUGAAAUAGUUGAUAAUUAUAAUGCAGGAUCUAAUUUCGUUGUUGGAUGCUGUUAAAUCUGGCAGUGUUGAGGAAGUUUUCGAGUGUCUCAAAAAUCCAUUUCAGCAAAAUGAGCUGAAUGCAGCAUUGUGCUGGGCUGCACGUUUAGGACAUGUUCGUAUCUUGUCUCUCCUCCUGGAGCAUGGAGCAGACGUUCGAUACGAUUCAUGGGGAGGAAUCAGCCCACUCUUGUGGGCAGCAAUAUUUUCACCCGAUGUCGGUGCGGUGAGCUUGUUGAUUCAGUACGGGAGUGACGUAAACCACAAAUCCUCGAAACGUCGACAGACCGCGCUCCACGCUGCAGCCAUCAGAGGUCGACAUGACAUGGUUUCUGUGUUGUUGGAGGUGGGGGCUAACCCAGACAUGGUAGAUCACCUUCACAAAACCCCACUCCUGUAUGCGGUCCAGCGAUGUCACGUGGCCUGCAUCAAAAUCCUCCUACAGCACAACUGUGACGUUGAUAUCAGUGGGCUAGUCAAUGGACAACUCACAACUCCUCUCAUUUUCGCACUAGUCCAGAAUGAUCUCGAGAUGACCAAAAUGCUCAUCUUUGCUGGGGCCAGGUUUGAAAAUCUGUGCACGUAUCAGAUGUACAAUAUUUCCCAGUAUUACCAGACGGUGGAGAGAAACCUUAACAUCGAUGUGAGACCAGUACACCUGCAGCAGCAGUGUCGUGUUUGUCUCAGACACAUUCUCAAACCUCACUUUGUGGAAAAGUUAAAAAUGCUGCCUUUACCGAAACCACUGAAGGAUUAUAUUGCUUUAUCGGAACUUAGUUUAUAACAAUUGCCAGAACUUCUUAUAAUUUAACCCAUUGAUGGAUCAUAUUGCCUUGCUUUUAAUAAUCAAAUAUUAAUUAAAUUUUUAUUAAUGUGA